UGCAGCUGCCGGCUGCAGUCUGUUCUGGUCGUGGCUCGCUAUCAUGCUGCCUUGCCCCUCCACCCCAGCUAUCAGAGAGGAACAGGAGGAGGAAGAACAGAAUGAAACUGGGAAAAUGAAAGUGGAGUGCAAGCGACUGGCUCGUGAACGAGAUGAGGCUGAGAGGCAGCUGAAACAGAUCAAGCGAGUUUCACAGAUGGUUAUAGAAGAAGUAAAUGCUCUGCACACGCAGCUAGAGAUUGAGAAAUCUUGUCGGGAGAAUGCGGAAGUCUUAGCCACAAAGCUCAGUCAUGAAAACAAGAAACUGAAGUACCUGAGCCUAACAUCACGGGUUUGUCUUGAUGACUUGCUUCCCAGUAUUUCGGAUUGUGGUGCUGCAGAGGAGGAGCCACAGGACACUAGCCCUGAUCCCUGCAUUCAGUAUCAGCAGCAGGUCAAAGAUCUGCAGGAGACAGUAACACAGCUGUUGGAGGAAAAGAAACAGCUUGCCGGUCAAGUGCAAGAAUUACAGAGCAACAUUGAGGAGCUAACCACCAGACUGGAGAGGGAACAAGCUGAGAUGACAGAAUUACAGAAAGUGCUGGAAAAACAAACAAAAACAAUAAAAAGUUUCAACAGAGUUUCCAUGAUGGCAACCCAGGAGUAUGAGGAUCUUAGACAACAGCUUGACCUGGAACAGAGCCUAAGACAGAAGGCCGAAUCCUUUGCUCAUGAGAUGUUGAUUAAGCAGAAGGAGGUGAAUCGCCAGAGUGCAAUCCUACUGCAGCAGGUAGAUCCCAGCGUACAGCUGCUCAAAGCACUGGAGGAGGUCGCCACCAUCACCAAGACCCUGGAGGAAGAAAGGCUCCAGCAUCAAAUAAAGAUUCAAGAGCUAGAGUCUUGUCUGAAUGAGUCGGCACUGCAGAAGGAACUGGGUACAUUACAGAGACAACUGGAGAUGGUUGAGGAGGAGAGACGGGAGUCAGAGCAACGAGUACAAGAGGUGGAACAGAGGAACUGUGAGCUGGAGGACCAAGUGAAAGAAUUAAAGGAGAAGAUAAAGUUUCAAGUAAUUGAAUCAGCUCCCACCAUAGCUCCACCUCCACCCCCUCCACCAACUCCACCCCCUCCCCCUCCUCCUCCCCCUCCACCUCCUCCUCCCCCUCCCCCUCCACUUCCAUCAACACGCUGCAACCCAAUAAGUUCCCUCAUUGCGAUAGUACGAAGAUCGUCCAAGAACUCCAAGACACAGCUGAAGCCUGAACCUACCAACAACCAGACCGGGAUUGAUGAUGUGAAAGUGAAAGCUGUGAAUGAAAUGAUGGAACGGAUAAAGCACGGUGUCAUGUUGCGGCCUGUGGCUCAGGUCUCGAAGAGGAAAGUUAGUAACAAGCCACCACCAGUGGACGAGAAAACACAGGAGAGUGCCAUGGAUGAGCUGAAGGGGAUCCUGGAUUCGAUGAAGAAGAGCCCAAGUCGGGGGUUCCAGGAUGCAAAUCAGAACAAGACAGAGAAUGAGCUGGAGGUUGUUCUGAGACGGAGGCGGAAACAAACUUCAGAUUAUAGUCCGAGAGAUGGAAAUGAAACAGAUGCCAGUGAUGUUGCCUCUUCCAAAUCCCUCAGCCUGAAGUACAGCGAUGAAAGAAAAAGCGAUAACCUGGAGCCCAGUCCUGUUCACCAGGCUGCAAUAACAGAGGAACAGAAUAGCAGGGCCUCAGGAAGCUCUGAAGAAAUGAAGAAAAAAUGUUCAAAUAAACAAGAAAACUCCCAAUCCCAGGGUAUCCUCAUAACCAUAAGCAGCCCAUCAGAAACACCUGACCAAAGAACCACUCCCGCUCAGGUCCAGAACAAAUCCAAGAGUCAAAACACGAUUGAUGAAAGCACUGAUGCAGAUUGUUAACAGCAGUCAGGAGGUUGUGAUGUCAAGGAGUUGGCAGUUAUUGUUGAAAACAAUAAUCUUUCCAUGUGACCAGAACGCCUUUAGCCAGGGCUUCAAGUGAAAUUUCUGAUAUGCAUGAGCUGGUGUGGUACCUCCUGAGAACCUCAGGCUCGGUCACCCAAUCCAGCAAAAGGACAAUUGUAAAGCCAUCAGAGCAGAAGCACCUUUUUCUCCACUCACCAGCCAUACUUUUCACCUCCGUUAAAGUGAAUGGGCAGAAAGUCGUGAGCUGGCAAGUGCAGAAGAGGAAUUUUUUACUGCUUUGUCUAAAGAUAGAACCCUUUUUCCUCCUUUGUACUGCUAAUUGUGAUAGGCUUGACAUCACUGCCUCAUGUGAGAAAGGUUUUACAGAUGCAUUAAAAAAUCUAUACAAGGGCCGCGGUAGAGCUUCUGGUUAUAGUCUUGCAGUCCUCAUUCUUUUUCUGUUUACUAUUGUAAUUUUAUUAUUUCUUCAACUUUACUUUCAGUCAAAAGAAUAUAGGAGGCAAGCAAUAACAAUGGCAACUAAUACAGAUUCAUUCCACUUGAUCAUCAAUAAAGCUCAUUAAAAUAUAGGCCUCAGAAUGCCCAGGGCUUAAUCUGGUGCAUAUUGUUAUGCAUCUCUCUUGCCACUUAACUAUAAUCCAGGAUUUCUCAAGGACAAGGUUGUUUUGAAUU